AUCGUGAUCCAAAAAUAUGUAAACCAUUAGGUAAACGUUAUCGAAAUAUCUGUAAAAUUUGUAAUAUCCUAAAUCUUAGUCUGUUUUAUUGGUAAAAUAAAUGUUUUAAAAUUGCUGGUUAAACAGAUAUGAGGUUGGAGCAGGAGUGGUUAUAGCAGCUAUUACUAUAACCUCAAUGUGCCUGCAUAUCGCCGAAUCCCGGGUUUACUUUUAUAUUAAAUUUUUGGAGAUAAAUUGAAAGUUUUGAAAGUGGAUUCGUGUUUUAACGUGAAAAAUUUUAUAAGUGCGCGCAGAAAUUCCAAAAUGGCGCCACGCCGAGAACACCGUUCUACCAAAAAAACCUGGCUGAAAAAAGUUCCCACACUGAACGAAAUUAUUUCUCUUGCCACCGAUCCUCGGAAACUUGCAAUUCCGGCAGGUAUUUUCAUCAUCUUCGAGGUAAUCCUCAAUAUUUUCGUGAUCGAAAAAGUGCCCUACACCGAAAUCGACUGGAAAGCUUACAUGCAGGAAGUUGAAGGAUUUUUGAACGGCACUUGGGAUUACUCGAAAUUAAAAGGAGAGACAGGACCUCUCGUUUAUCCUGCAGGAUUUGUAUAUAUUUUUUCAAUUUUAUACUACGUAACCUCCCUCGGGAAAAAUGUCAAACUAGCACAAUAUUUUUUCGCAACCCUCUACGUCACUCUUUUAAUUCUAGUCUUUCGAAUUUACUCAAAAACGAAAAAAGUACCACCUUACGCCUUAAUUUUAAUCUGCUGCACUUCCUACAGAAUUCACUCGAUUUUUGUAUUAAGACUCUUCAACGAUCCGCUGGCGAUUGUCUUAUUUUUCGCGAGUCUGAAUGCAUUCUUGGAGGAAAAAUGGUACUGGGGAAGUAUUUUCUACAGUUUAGCUGUCUCUGUGAAAAUGAAUAUUUUACUCUUCGCGCCAGCUUUGCUCCUUGCGUAUUUAGUCAAUUUAGGAUUAACGAAAACUGCGAUACAAUUAUUUAUUUGCGGAGCAAUCCAAUUAAUAUUGGGUUUGCCAUUUUUGAUUGUAAAUCCCGUGGCUUAUCUCAAAGGGGCUUUCGAUUUGGGAAGAAUUUUCGAACAUCAAUGGACCGUCAAUUGGCGAUUUUUACCCGAAGAUUUGUUCGUUGAUAAAUAUUUUCAUAUUGCACUUUUGGUUCUUCAUUUGCUAACACUGGCAAUUUUCACACCUGGAUGGAUCACUUAUCUGAAAUCUUAUUCAAAAUUGAAAGCUAUCGAGAGGGAAAUUGAACCUCAGCUUCGCAAAAAGGAGAAAUUUGAUACUUCUGCGAUGUCUCAGCUGUUUAUUUUGCCACUGUUUACGGCAAAUUUGAUUGGAAUUACUUUUAGCAGAUCGUUGCAUUAUCAAUUUUAUGUUUGGUAUUAUCACACACUGCCGUAUUUGGCCUGGUCUGCGAAUUAUUCAACAGUGACGAGAUUUGUCAUUUUAGGAAUUAUUGAAUUGUGCUGGAAUACUUAUCCUAGUACAAUUUACAGCAGUGCGGGACUACACUUGUGUCAUAUUUUUUUGCUUUUUAAUUUGUACAGAAACACUGCGAGAGGCGAAAAAAGGGCGUGAAUAUUUAUUGGUGUGGUUUUUGUAAAUAGGAAAUAGAAUUGAGUUUAAGACUACUGUGAAGAAAAAGACAUAUAUCUUUUAUAAAGAUUUUUUGGAUUGUUAAUGUUUAUAGAUUCGUCUACAGUAAAAUAAUAUUAAAAAUAAUAUACCUCUACAAUAAAAUGAGAUUCAAGUGACAUUGGGAUUUAUUUUUCCAACGAAAUGAACGACUUUACUGAAGAACAAGGAAAUAUUUUCAUUUUAUUUCAGAAACAGUUUGAAUUGGACCAAAAAGUACAAUUUCAAACGAAAUAUUUGAGUCCUCAAA